AUGUCUACUGAGGAGGAGAAAUUCGUGGAAGCCCUCUCGAUCUACACGAAGAAAUUCAAUAAAAAUGGAAUCGUCACCAACGAAGAAUUUGUAGCCAUUUUGCGAUCUUUUGGACUAGACUUCAAUGAGGCUGAGGCUAAGAUGCUCCAAAAGUAUUUUGAAGAAGCCCACAAACGAAGAGAAAAGUUCGAGGAUGAAAAACGAAGGCUCAAAGAGUUGGAGGAUGAAAAACGAAAGCUCAAAGCUGAAGCUGAAGAGUGGAAAGAAAAAGCGGACGCGGAGUUGGAGGCAAUGAAGAAAGAAGUCGAGGCGGCGAAGGAAGAAUUCGUAGCCGUCCAUCAAUGGUAUCAUCUUCUCAUGGCAGAACUUGGCUUAGCUGAGGCCAACCCUUGCUAA